AUGCAAAAAAACAUAGUAAUUUUAUUAAUUUUCUUUCUAACCUCGCAAUACAUAGUUUAUGGUAUAAAUGAAAACAAAACUAAAACUGUUAAACUUCUUAACAAAAAGAUAAAUAAUUACGAACAUAAAUUAAAACAGGAGCGAAUAAAGAGAUCUUUAAACGAAGGUUCCGUACAAUAUUACAUACCUGAUGAAGAAAAGUUUCUGGAUAAAGUGGAAUGGUAUGAAAAUAAUCAUGACGAAUCUGGGAAAAGGUUGUUAAAUAAGGAAACACCAUUUUGGGGCACACGAGGAAGGCGAGAUAGUGAAUCCGAAGAAAAUUUCGCUGAACUUCCAUUGACUACACAUAUUUACUACAAUUUCUUCGGGAAAACUAAAAACGUUCAUAAACUGCCUGCAUAUCUUAUGAAACAGAGACACGACGAAAUAGAUGCUCCAUUUUGGGGAAAUAGAGGUCGAAGGUCAUCUGAAGAGUCGAAUGAAGACGAGAACGAUUUGUUUUGGGCAAACAGAGGCCGUAGACAAGAUGACGAACCUUUUUGGGGUACCAGGGGACGUAGACAAGAAGAAGCUCCUUUUUGGGGUAAUCGAGGUAGGCGAGAAAAUUAUUAUUCCACAUUUAAACCUGACGAUAUUGAACCUUUUUGGGGAAAUCGUGGAAGACGGGAAACUCUAAACCAAGAUUUUGAUGCUACCGGUAAGAGUAGAAUACGUAGUCUGGCUCUUCUUAACGAGGAAACCGAACCUUUUUGGGGAAAUCGCGGUCGAAGGAAAUUAGAUGUUAAGGAAUCGGUUAUUAAAGCUAUCAGUGAGAUCGAAAGAAAUAUUGACAAGCUUAACAGAGAUAGGAAUAGCAAAAUAAAAUCUUUACUAAAUGGACCAACAAAGAAUCCAGUAGAAUCCUUUCAUGACAUACCAAAUUUAAAACCAAAUAAUGAACUGAGAUCGAAGCCGUUUGGACAGAACACAGUUCACGAUGAUAGGAUUUAUGCUGAAGAACCGCAUUACAUAUUGAUUGAGCGAAGCGGUCGUUCGUCUGAGGAAGACGAUCCUUUUUUCAUUACUAGAGGAAAGAAAUAUAACUGUCUACAAUUGGACAAAGCAAGAGGACGUCGUGGAGCUUUGGAAGAUAUUGUAAAAUCUGUUCGCAACGAUCCUUAUUAUAUAGCGAGAGGUAAAAAAGAUAAAACGUCACACUUCGAGAAUUCUUCAGCAUUUCGAAACAAAAUGCUCAAAGCAAAGGAUCUCAUUUGUGCUACGAUAGAAUUAAUUAAGGCGAACAAAGUCAAAAGGCAAGCCAGUGAUAGUGAAAGGGAUAGAAGAACUACGUUGAAGAAAUUAGCUUUGCAAUUGCAAAAUGACCCAUACUUUGUUAGUAGAGGAAAGAAAUUCGACUCUUAUAUGGAUUUGAAUUCCGUAGAAGAAUUAAUAAAUCAGAUAAGUCUUACUUGUAACUAG